AAAAAGCGCCAAGCUCGGGGUUUGACCCUGGUGGUAAGCCGGACCGCAUGUGUUCCGUCUUGGCCUCCAAGUCCGACAGGCUUUGUUCAUCCCUUCACGGCGGCCCACCGAAAACCGGUGUGAGGUUGUGACUUCAUCCACUCCGUUGAGGACCGCCCAAACACUCAAAUACCAUUCCGCAUCACCCCGAGAAACACCCCUCAACCUCCCAGAACCAAACCAAACCACCGUCACAGACAACUUCUUUCGCACACCUUCAAACCCAACUCCCACAACCAACCCAUCCAACCCAUACACACCACACCCCCCCUUUCCCAACAACAAAAAGCAAAAAGAAAGAAACAAAAAUGCCGCCCCUCCUCCGCUACAACCUAGCCCCCACCCUCAACGGCCUGAUCGCCUCCCUCCCCUCCCACACCACCCCCUGGAUCAUCCCCGACCCGACCAUCGACUUCGCCGCCCUGUACGCACAAUUCGACACAUUCAUCAUGGGCCGCCGCACCUAUGAGACCUUUCUUGCGAUGCCGCCGGGGGAGAACCCGCUUCGGGGCAGGGCGAGGGAGAGCGUCGUUGUUUUUACGCGGGAUGUGGAUAGGAGAAGGGAGGAGUGGGGGCGGGAGGUGACGGUUGUGGGGGAGGGUGUGGUGGGGGUUGUGAGGGGGUUGAAAGAAAGCCAAAGGAGGGAGGGGAAGGAUAUUUGGUUGAUGGGGGGUGGUGAGCUGGCGGGGGUGUUGAUGCGUGCUGGGCUGGUGGAUGUGGUCGAGGCGGCGGUUAUGCCGGUGGUGGUGGGGCGGGGGGUCAAGAUGUUUGGGGAAGGGGGUGGAGAGGGGGAUAGGGGAGAGGAGGGCUGGAGGUUGGUGCUGGAGAAGGCGGAGGCGUUGGAGUCGGGGAUUUUGAUGACGCGGUAUCGGGUUGUUUAUGAUUGA